AAAAGUUUGGUACAGGCGCGCACCUCUGGAUAGGAAAUUUGAUGCUGUCGAACAAAAGCAAAAGUCAAGUCUAGGAACUUGGAGUAAACAGGCCGUCAAGAGGGUGAGACAAAAGAGGAAAGCUAUGCGGUUGCCAUGGCUCUGUCGGAGCUGUAUACCAAGUAUAACCGCGUCUGGAUACCAGACCCAGAUGAAGUGUGGCAGUCAGCUGAGAUCCUGAAGGAGUACAAACCAGGAGACGACGUUUUAGAGCUACUCCUCGAAAAUGGCACGGAGAGACGGUACCCAGUGGAUCCGGGGAGCCCUGAGCUCCCUCACCUGCGUAAUCCCGACAUCCUGGUGGGAGAGAAUGACCUGACAGCCCUCAGCUACCUCCACGAGCCGGCCGUGCUCCACAACCUCCGUGUACGCUUCGUGGAGUCCAGGAUCAUCUACACCUACUGUGGAAUCAUCCUGGUGGCCGUGAACCCCUAUAAGCAGCUGCCCAUAUAUGGAGAUGGUGUCAUCCACGCCUACUCUGGCCAGAACAUGGGCGACCUGGACCCUCACAUCUUCGCAGUUGCAGAGGAGGCCUACAAGCAGAUGGCAAGGUACAGCAGGAACCAGUCCAUCAUCGUGAGUGGGGAGUCUGGUGCUGGCAAGACGGUGUCGGCUCGUUAUGCCAUGCGCUACUUUGCUGUGGUCAGCAAGUCCAGCAGCAAGACCAGAGUGGAAGACAAGGUUCUGGCGUCCAACCCCAUCACUGAGGCGAUCGGCAAUGCCAAGACCACCAGGAACGACAACAGCAGCCGCUUUGGGAAGUACACGGAGAUCAGCUUUGACAAGCGCUUCCAGAUCAUCGGGGCCAACAUGCGGACCUACCUGCUGGAGAAGUCACGGGUGGUGUUCCAGUCGGAGAAUGAGAGGAACUACCACAUCUUCUACCAGCUGUGCGCCUGUGCUGACCAACCCAGCCUCAAGCACCUCAGACUGUUGAGUGCAGAUGAGUUCCUGUACACCUCUUUGGGUGGAGCUACGGAGAUCGACGGUGUAGAUGACCAAAGAGACAUGGAGGAGACCUGUCGCACCUUCACACAGCUGGGCCUGAAAGAGGAGUUCUUGUCUGACGUGUUUAAAGUGCUGGCCGCCAUCCUCCACCUGGGAAACAUCACCAUCAGCACCAAUGGAGACAGAUCUUCAGUUAGUGCGAGUGACGAGCACUUGGGUGUGUUCUGCGAGCUGAUGUGUGUGUCGGCGGAGAACGUGUGUCGCUGGCUGUGCCACCGGCGCCUGGUGCUGGCGGCCGAGACAGUGGUGAGCCCGGUGGCACAGGAGCGGGCAGUGAAUGCCAGGGACGCCCUGGCCAAGCACAUCUACGCCCACCUCUUCGACGGCAUCAUACAACGCAUCAAUGCUGCCCUCAGGGUACCGGGCAAACAACACUCAUUUAUAGGAGUCCUGGAUAUCUAUGGCUUUGAGACGUUUGAGGUGAACAGCUUUGAGCAGUUCUGCAUCAACUACGCCAAUGAGAAACUGCAGCAUCAGUUUAACCUGCAUGUCUUUAAGCUGGAGCAGGAGGAGUAUAUGAAGGAGGACAUCCCGUGGACGCUGAUUGAUUUCUAUGACAACCAGCCCAUAAUAGACCUCAUCGAGGCCAAGAUGGGCAUCCUGGACUUACUGGACGAAGAAUGCCUACUUCCCCAGGGAACGGAGCAGAACUGGCUGCAGAAGCUCCAGAACUAUCUGGGCUCCAACCCGCUCUUCGACAAGCCACGCCUCUCCAGCCACGCCUUCGUCAUCCAGCACUUUGCAGACAAGGUGGAGUAUCAGUGUAAGGGUUUCCUGGAGAAGAACAGAGACACUCUGUAUGAGGAGCUGGUAGAUAUCAUGAAGGCCAGCAAGUUUUCCCUCUUGGCCGAGUUCUUCAAGAAGGAGCUGGAGACGUCCACAGGGAAGAGCAUCCGCGUCAAGGCAGCGACACCAGGAGUCAAACCAGCCAAUAAGCAACUGCGGACUACAGUGGGAGAUAAGUUCCGGAGUUCCCUGUACCUGCUAAUGGAGACUCUGAAUGCCACCACUCCUCACUACGUCCGCUGCAUCAAACCCAACGAUGACAAGCAGCCCUUUGAGUAUGACUCCAAGCGUGUGGUUCAGCAGCUGAGAGCGUGUGGAGUUCUGGAGACCAUCCACAUCAGCGCUCAGAGCUACCCCUCCAGGUGGACCUACAUUGAGUUCUACAGCCGGUACGGCAUUCUAAUGAUGAAGGCAGAGCUGGCCCUCAACGACAAGAAGAUGACCAGCAAGACCGUACUGCAGAGACUCAUACGGGACUCAAACCAGUACAAGUUUGGCCGCACCAAGAUCUUCCUGAGGGCGGGACAGGUGGCCUACCUUGAGAAGCUGCGAUUGGACCGUCAGAGGGCGGCAUGCGUUACCAUCCAAUCACACGUGAGGGGCUGGAUGCAGCGACGCGUCUUCCUGCGAAUCAGGAACGCCGUCCUCACCCUGCAGAUGUACAUCCGCGGACAGAGACGCAUCAGGCAGAACAUUACGGCGAUGGCCCUGAAGCGGGCCUGGGCGGCGGUGGUCAUCCAGAAACAUGUCCGUGGUCACCUGGUGCGCAGGAUGUGCCAGAUGCUCCUCCGUGCCACCGUCACCAUCCAGGCUUACGUCCGGGGAUGGCGCGCACGCAAGCAGUACAAAAAGCUGGUGGAGGAGCAGAAAGCGCUGGUGCUGCAGAAAUACGCUCGUGCCUGGUUGGCCCGGAAACGCUUCCAGACUGUGCGGCGUCUCGUCCAGAACGUGCAGCUCUCCUACCGCGUGCAGCAGCUACGCAAGAAGCUGGAUGAGCAGAACAAAGAGAACCGUGGCCUGAUGGAGAGGCUCACAGGACUGGCCAACUCCCACUCACAGGGCUUGGACAAGGUGCAACUGCUGGAGGCAGAGCUGAAGAAAUCAGCCAAUGAAAAAGUGUCUCUAGAGAAGCAGGAGAAGAAAAACAAGGAGGAGGCCAAUCAGAUCAUCUCAGAUCUCCAGUCACAGAAGGCCGAUAUGGAAGUGGAGAAAACUGUGCUGGAGAGACGGUUCAGUGAGACCACGCAGCAGUUACGAGAGAACUUCAGUUCACUGCAGAGAAAACUCCAGGAAGACUUGGAAAAAGAGGAGCGGUUUCGCAAGAUUGCGGAGAACAACCUGGAGAUCCUGCGGGAGGACUCUGCCAAGGAGGUGGAGAUGCUGAAGCUGGAGAACAGGCGUCUCCGCGAGGAGACCUUACGGCUGCACGCCCAGAUAGAGGAGGAGAGGCAGGCCAACUCGGACCUGCAGGAGCAGCUCACACAGCUCGCCAAACACGUCAAGGUGUUGCCAGAGCUGAGGAAAGAUCUCCACAACGUCCAAACCCAGAAGAUGGAACAGGAGAGGAAAAUGAGGGAACAGACCCACCAAGCGAAAGUGAAGAUGAAUGCCGUCAUCAGACAACUCCUGGGGAACAGCAGCAUGGAACUCAUCAGCCAAUACUCAAUAUUGUCAGCUGCAGAGAGUUCAGAGGAUGCUGAGGAAGAUGGAAACCUCCUGAUGGCCUUUGAUGGACUUCAGAAGGCUACCAGGGUGAUGGAGACACAGGUGCGGGAGCAGAGGGAGAGCUUUGAGAGCCGCAUGGAGACGCUGAGCUUCAAGAACGACCACCUGCAGAAGGAGAACGAGCAGCUGCAGAAGCUCUUCAACGAGAAGAGCAACAUCAACGAGAGCAUCGGCCAGGAGGUGGCACGCCUCACCGCCGAGAACAUGAUGAUUCCAGAGAUGAGGCAGCAGGUUGGCGAGCUGAACAGACAGAAACAGGAGCUGGAGACACAACUGUGGGAGCAGACCAGUCAGAUGAUGGGCCAAAUAGAGGAGGUGUCUGCUAAGCUGCGAGCUGAUCUGGAGGAGGAGCGAGCGCGCUGCAGGAGUCUUGAGGAGCAGUUAGAGGAGUUGUCUGGCAUUCGAGAGGAGGCUCAGCAGAGGCUGCAGGAGGAGCAGAGGGAGAAGGAGCAGAGGCACAAGCAGCAGCAGGCCGAGCACGAGGCCAAGAGCAAACUACGCCAGGAGGUCUCCAGACUCACCGCAGAAAACAUGGACCUGGAGGAGUUGCUGGAUGUGAAGGAGCGUCUGAUAAUCAGGCUACAGGACCAGGUCAGGUCCCUUCAGGCUCCAGACAGGGCCAAUCAGAGGCUACCUCCUACGCUGCCCCGAGAGUACCUGGGAAUGCUGGAGUACCGGCGGGAGGACGAACCCAAAAUCAUCCAGAACCUCGUACUGGACCUGAAGCCGCGUGGUGUGGUGGUGAACAUGAUCCCUGGUCUGGCUGCCCACCUGCUCUUCAUGUGCGUGCGCUACGCUGACUACCUCAACGACGGCUCCAAGCUCAAGUCCCUCAUGAACGCCAUCAUCGGCGGAGUCAAGCAGAUCACCAAGAACCAUCAGGAGGACUUUGAGCUGCUGUCAUUCUGGCUGUCCAACACCUGCCACCUGCUGAACUGUCUGAAGCAGUAUAGUGGAGAGGAGGAGUUCAUGAAGCACAACACACCGCGUCAGAACAAGAACUGCCUGACGAACUUUGACCUUUCGGAGCACCGACAGAUUUUCAGCGACAUUGCCAUUCGCAUCUACCACCAGAUAGUGGCAGUCAUGGAGAAGGCCUUGGUUCCCACUAUUGUCCCCGGCAUGCUGGAGCACGAGAGCCUGGCGGGCGGCAGCGCGGCCUGGAGUCUGAAGCCGGGCGGCAUGCGUAAGCGCUCCAGCAGCGUGUACGAGAUGGCCGUGGAGUCCUGCAACGUGGGCUCCAUCCUGGCGCUGCUCAGCGGCUUCCACGCCACCAUGCUGCAGCACGGCAUGGACCCCGACCUGGUGCGGCAGGUGGUGCGCCAGCUCUUCUACCUGCUGGGCUCCACCUGCCUCAACAGCAUCCUGCUGCGCAAGGACCUCUGCUCCUCGCGCAAGGGCAUGCAGAUCAGGUGUAACAUCAGCUACCUGGAGGAGUGGUUGAAGGAGAAGGGGCUGCAGGGCUCCACUGCCAUGGAAACGCUGCUGCCUCUGUCCCAGGUGGCCUGGCUCCUGCAGGUCAGCAAGAGCACCGACGAGGACGCCCUGGAGAUCACCGAGCACUGCCAGGAGCUCUCACCUGUACAGAUUGUGAAGAUCCUCAAUUCGUACACACCCAUCGAUGACUUCGAGAAGCGGGUGGCCCCCACAUUUGUGCGGAAGGUUCAGACGUUGCUGCAAGAGCGGGACCUCGGCUCGUCCCAGCUGAUGUUGGACACCCAGUAUCGCUUCCAGGUCACCUUCCCCUUCAACCCCUCCCCCCACGCCCUGGAGCUGCUGCAGGUCCCCAGCAGCCUGCGACUGCCCUUCAUCACACGCAUCUAACACACACACACACACACACACACACAC